CUAAAUGCCCAAAACAGCGGCAAAAGGAUAAGGAAAACCUGUUCCUCUUCCCUCUUCCCUCUUCCCUCUUCCCUCUUCCCUCUUCCUCCCGUGAGUCAGGAAAAAUGGCGCUUUCGUCGGGCAUUUUCUCCACCGUUAUCACUUCCAAAACGCCGGAGUUUUCCUCUCGCCGGCCUCUUCCCUCUACUGCUACUCCCCCUGCGAACGUGCGUUUGGUGCGCACUGUAAUCCAGGCCACGGCUUCCAAUUCUUCCACCGGGACUCGCCAGCCACGUGGUAUCAUGCGGCCCCGUCGUGUCUCACCGGAGAUGCAGGCUCUUGUUGGAGUACCUGAGAUUUCUCGCACCCAAGCUCUCAAGCAGAUUUGGGCUCACAUUAAAGAGAACAAUCUUCAGAGCAAGAAAAGAUGCCGUACCACAUCAGAUCCGGCUCCGACUGGUGCUGGUGCACUGGCUCCGAGACUUGGCGCAGGAGCCUCCGUCAGUGGAGCUGGCGGGCUUGUUAAUGGAGCUGGUGCGGAAGCCUUCAGCUUCGUUGGUGCUGGGGCCGGAACCAGCGCAGGAGGAGAAGCUAAGGGAGCUGGAGGUGGAGUUGCUGGAGGAGGAGAUGCGGGAGGUGGAGUCGCUGGUGGAGGAGUUGCAGGAGGAGGAGAUGCUGGUGGAGGAGUUGCCGGAGGAGGAGAUGCUGGUGGAGGAGUUGCCGGAGGAGGAGAUGCUGGUGGUGGAGUUGCUGGAGGAGGAGUGGCUGGAGGAGGAGUGGCUGGAGGCGGAGUUGCAGGAGGAGGUGAAGAAGGAGGAGGAGUUGCUGCAGGUGGUGGAGACGCUGUCACCGGAGGUGGUGCAGAAGUAGGAGGUGGAGUUGCUGCUUGUGGUGGCUGGCUAGCUGGUGGAGAGGUUGUGGCGGGCGGUGGGGCAGAGGUUGGAGGUGUGGGCGUCUGAGGCGUAGGAGGCGCCGGAGUGGAUGAAGGAGAGGUGGCGGGAGCUUGGCAUACAACGCCGGUGACAGCAAUACAUAAGAGAGCCGAGAUCACAGCGAUCUUGCACCGAAGCAACAUGUUUAGUUGAGAAUUUAUCGUGCGCACCCUCUCUGCUUAACCUGCGCGACCUCUGAGAACA